AUGGACCGCGAUGGCUCAGCCGCGCCGAAUUCAACUCACUUCCCUCCCCGGGGAUGGCCCACUACCUGUUCCUUCAGCACCAACGCAGCCCAUCGUCAAAGAACCCACACCAGAGACACUAUUUGUAGAGUCUGCGGUCCGUUUUGAGCUCCAAUUGUUCCCCUCAGAUGAGCACCGGUGCCCGGAGUUCUACUAUCCUGACUUGGUGAAGGCAAAUGAAGCGCGAAAACAUCCUAAAACUUUGGAAGAGGUGGACGCAGACAACGAGAUGAAUGAACUUGAGGCACUGGCAAGGAAAUUCGAGGCCAAAUAUGGAGGACCUGACAAACCAAGGAAAGACCGCAUUUCUGACCUGGUGGACAUGGGUGACGGAUAUGACGAAGAGGACUCAUUUAUUGACAACUCUGAAGCGUAUGAUGAGUUUGUGCCGUCAUCUCUCAACACGGAACACGGCGGCUUCUACAUCAACUGUGGCGCCCUGAAAUUCUGCAGAGCGUCCUGCUCCGACGGUGACCCAGACACACCCAAGAUGGCAAAGAAGCGGAAGCUGAAAGAUGGAGAACCGAAGCUGAAGAAGAAAAAGAAGAGCCUGGAGCCAGGGGGUUCUGAUGCUGGCACUGCUGCCACCAUGCAGGAGUCUGCCCUGUCCCAUGAUGCCCCUGCUGCACCAGAGCCGUCCUCCUCCUCCCUGGUGGCUCGGCCUCCACCUCAGAAGAAGACCAAGCGUCCUCCGUCAGGGACGUUGAGUCUGGACAGCGUCCUCCGCAGGCUGCAGCAAGAGAAGCUCCAGGAGUUCCAGCCCGACAAGCCCCUUACCGCCCCGCCCCCCACGCGGCUGACCCCCACCCCUUUGUCCCCCACCCCCCUGGAGCCCUUCAACACCCCGAGCCACAGCGCUCUUCCCACAGGUCCUGUCGUGCUGACCAAUCAAAACGGCCCAGCAGCCAAAGGUCUGGCCAAUCCGAGCCCCCCGGCCGCAAGCGUGGUUGACCCAGCCGUGUCUGGCCCCUCCAACCCCCAACUGGCCACGCCCCCUCGUGGCCUUCCCACCCCUCUUAGAGCCAGCAUCAGGGACCUCACACAGGCUGCCAAGACACAGGGUGGCAACAAAAUCAAGUUCUUUACUCAGGCCGUCAACGACAAAUUGCUGGAUGUUGAAGUGCGGAGCAGAGAGCUGGGUCCUGCAGUUCGUUCUCAUGUCUUCACACACCUGUCCACUCACCUGCCCUUCACUAAAGACACCCUCCUGAAGCGAGCCCGCAAGCUCACAAUGACACCAGUGACUUCGGGUCUUCCAGAGGUGCUGCAGAAACUCAAGGAGGCGAUCACCACGGCGAUGCAGGAGCAACUCGUCCGUUACCAGAGCGAUCGCCGAAGCAGUUCAACAGCAAACCCUGGGAGCCCCGAGGGGCAGCAGAGAGGGGCAGGAGGUGAGGAAGAGGAAGAGGAAGGAGAGGUGACCGUGGUGAAGGGUCCUGUAUCGCCACCUAAGAGGUUCUGCUGGACUCAACCCAUCAGGGCUCUUCUGUGUGACGUUGUUCAAAUGAAGUUGACUUCUUAUGAACAGGAGAAAAAACAAAGUCCGGAUGCUGAGAAAUACUUGAAGAACUUUCUGGAACUGGAGGUGAAGCCCCUCUGGCCUAAGGGCUGGAUGCUUACCAGAAUUCUACUGAAGGAGAGUCGUAAAGCCCAUGUCCACCUGACCAGCAUGAGUGGGAAAAUGAAAUCUGAAAUUAAUGCCAAAAUUAAGAAACCCAAAGAGAAGGUUGUCAACAAGGCCUCUGUGGUCAAUACCACCCCUGCAGUGGCUGCCGUGUCCCCGACGGUGGUCAGCUCGUCUCUGGGCAACGUGUGUCAGGAACUGGGGGCCCUCAGCGCCUCCAUGACCCAACACAUCCAGGAGCUCCACAACUAUGCAGGACGGGGACGUCCCCCCGCGGCCUCCUCUUCUACCCAGCUGGGGGAGCCUGCGCUGGGCAUGCCCUGCCCGGACCCCAGCCUGGUGCUCCGACCUGUGGAGCACAAGCAGCCCCUCGGCCCCAGCCCCUCCCCUCCACCGGGCCAGGCGGCGGAGUCGGAGGGGGGCUCGGCCCAGACGUGGCCCUGCUCUGGCUCAGCCUCGUUUGGUUCUCUGCAAGCAGCCCUUCCCCCAGCCAGCCUCCCACUGGCUGCGAACGGCACGCCAAAAGAUGUCAACUAGGACGACCGGACACACACACACACACACACACACACACACACACACCUUGAUGUCGACAGAAAUGACCAAGUAUUGCUGCUUUCAUGCUAGGAUGCAUUAUUAAGGGCGUCAGUUAGAACAUUCGGACACACACACACACACACACACACCUACACACACACCUCUUGAUAAAAUGACCCAGCAUUGCUGCUGUCAUUGUAGGCUGCAUUAUUUGACCAAUAGGUUGUGCUAAAGCUUUUUCUGAAUCAGCGAUCCUUCAAGACAAUGCGAAUGACCAAGGUUUAUGUAAAGUUCAUAAUGCAUUAUGUUUAUUAUUAAGUAUGUACACGCAUUGCGCGGCACUUACUAAAUAUUUGUGGAAAAAAGUGUAUCUUGGUGUCAGUAAAGUCUGAGUCUAGGGUUCUUGGUGUUCGAUGUUGAAAGGGACAAAUCUGGGGUGCAGUUCUCGAAACCAUAGUUGCUAAGUACAUUAGCUACUUUGUUGUUUGCAAUUCAGUUUCCCAUUGACAACUAGUCAAGUUGCUAACUGGCUAACAACUAUGCUUUCGAGAAAUGCACCCCUGAGUAGGCUGCAUAGGCUUAGUUGGUCUUUGAAAAGUGUUCAUGUUCAUGAUUCAUGUUUGUGGAGAGUGCCAUUUCCUGUUUACAAUGAUCUUGUUUGAUUGGUUACAUGAUCUGUCAUAUUUUAAAGAUUUGGAUUAAUGUGAAACUUGCCUAAAGCAUUUAUAGAGUUAUUCCAUGUUUGGCUUUGUGUCCGUUUAAGCAAUAAUGUUUUUUUCUAAUGUUGUGUGUCAACCUGUCAACUAUAAAUUGUUAAAGAAGAAUUUAUUCAAAAUAAUAUUUUCAUUAAAGAUUUUUCUGUAAGUAUA